AUGGCCGACAGAAGGACAUUGCGCCCGGCGAUAGGGAUUGACCUGGGAACGACUUACUCUUGUGUUGGAGUGUGGCAACAUGAUAGAGUAGAGAUACUAGUUAAUGAUCAGGGAAAUCGAACGACGCCGUCAUGUGUUGCGUUCGCUGGGACACAACGCUUUGUCGGUGAUGCCGCCAAGAACCAGGUCGCCAUGAACCCCAUCAACUCCAUCUUUGAUUCAAAACGGUUGAUUGGUAGGAGAUUCAGUGAUCCCUUGGUUCAGAGUGAUAUUAACUUAUGGCCAUUCAAGGUCAUUGAAGGUUCCAAUGACCAGCCUAUGAUCAAGGUCAAUUACAUGGGUGAAAGGAGGAUAUUUACUGCCGUGGAAAUCUCAUAG